AUGUCUUCUCGACGACAAUCGCUCGACCCGCUUGUCGUCAAGCUCCUUCCUAACAACCGCCCCUCCAACAUCGCUCCCUGUAGCCCACCAUCGCCCACGCCAAAACGUGUCAGCUUCGCUCCCAAAGCAGACGACAAGCUCAGCCGUCCGUUGACAUCCACCGAAGCCUGGUCGUUGUACUACUUCGAGAACCACGCCCGGCAUUGUCCCGACUGCUACAACCCACACGAAGUCUACCGGCGAACCGGCCGCCUAUGCGAGAUCGGUCACGGUCUCGCCCAAGACGUCGCUUGCCAUGUCUACCACCAGGGUGGAGAAGUCUACAGCACCCGGAAAGACGACUCGAAGCUGGUCCGUGUCGAGAUUCCCCAUGGCUAUGCGCACCUUCGAGGCCUGCUACAAAGCAUGGCCCGCGAGAUCAGACACCGAACGACCCCGAUUCUGAGCUACGAUAAGACCUACCCUGUUCCGGCGCGCAAAUCGUGGACGCCUGAUAGUCAACCGGAAAUCGUCACCGUGGAAUCGGCCAUUUCCUCUUCGCCAAAGCGAAGAUCCAUCCAUCGACCUGUUCGCUACUCGACUGUCGUCAUCGAUAACGACGUCGAAGAUGUGACUGCCGUCCGACGACCUCAACCUCAACCGCAGCAGCUACCCCUGGAACGACGAGGAUCUCUCUACGAACAAAGAAAGAAACAGGACUACCGCGUGGAAAUCCGAGAACCGUCCGAUAAGAAGGAUCGGCGACGGAGAGAGAGACGAGAUAGCGGAUUCUGGAUGUAG